UUACCUUGUUUAUUAGUGUGACCUAAAACGCGAAACAAAUCAGUUUUCUAAACCAUGCAACGCUACGCGGGUAAAGUCGCGAUUGUGACCGGCGCAAGUGCUGGAAUCGGUGAAGCUAUUGUUGAUAGUCUGACCAAAGCUGGCAUGUUGGUUGUUGGUUUGGCUCGUCGUGUUGAACGUGUUCAAACUCUCGCUCAAAAACUUUCCAAGGAAAGUGCCAAAGGAAAACUCCACGCUGUUCAAUGUGACAUGCGCGUUGAAGAUGACAUUGUAAAAGCUUUUGAAUGGACAACCAAAAACGUUGGAAACGUCCAGGUUCUUGUAAACAAUGCAGGUGUUAUCUCUCAAUCCAACCUCUCUGAAGGCGCAACAGAAGAUUGGCGUAAAAUUCUUGAAACCAAUGUACUUGGCCUGUGUGUUGCUACCAGGGAAGCUACCAAGAAUAUGAAAGCAAACAAAACCGAAGGACAUAUUAUUCAUAUCAACAGUAUUACUGGGAUAUCGCACAUUUAUUUCCCGACUGCUGGAGUGUAUGGUGCAUCUAAGCAUGCAGUCACUAAUAUCACAGAGAUCUUCAGACAAGAAAUGGUCGCACAGAAAACGAACAUUAAAGUCAGUAGUAUUAGUCCCGGUGCAGUCAGGACUGAAAUACACGAUGCUGCUGGAGGUAUGAAUGAGGCAAUGGUCGAAAGACUUUCUAAGAUGCCACCCUUGGAAUGCGAGGAUAUUGCUGAUGCUGUGAUUUAUGUUUUGGGCGUACCUCAAAGAGUUCAAAUUAAUGAACUUACUAUUCGACCACUCAAUUCACCCCACUGAAUUUACGCUCUUAAAUCAUUAUGUUUGAUAUAACAAAAUAAAUGCAUGAAUAAAUGUA